AUGAACGAAUGUUGCAUUACCCAGUAUAAGCAUCUGGAUCACCAUGAUGACGAUGAGAUUCUGGAAGAGCAUUACACUUUCGGAACGUACGAUGUUAUCCACCGUGUUUGGAAUCAUGAUGUGAGAGAGAAAAGUGAGACCAAAAGUGAUAGUACUAGUUUACAGUAUAAUGGUACUAAUGGAAUGCACGGCCCUACUCAUGUUCAUGAACAUUCACAAGUUCAAUAUGGUCCGCCAAGUAUUAACCCUAACCUACAUACCGUAGUUCAUGCUGCUCCAAACAUACCACGCCCGACGUAUGUUACUGAUUAUCAGACGACUAAAAUGCCAAGACUUGAUAGACCAGUAUUACCAAACCUUACUGCACUCGAUACAACGAGUGAUAAUAUUGUACCAGAAGCAAAGCUUGAUGAAUACGAAGGUCAUUUGUCUGGAUAUCAAUCCCCUAUGUUGACUUAUCUUCAAAACAUUAACGUGCCGGCUUCUGCAUGGUCAAGUGGAUGGAUACCCAUUGAUGGAGGGAAUGCUGUGGAAAAACGGACUAUUUGGUACAGUAAAGAUGAAAAACCAUAG